CUCCGCUAUCUCCGCCUCUCUCGCACGAGAUUGACGAUUCGUCCGACCAAUAGGGGACGCCGGGUCGGCGGGUGGAUAAACGCGGCCCUCUGUAAUGGCGGAGCGUGGUGGGGACGGGGGGGACGGUGAGCGAUUCAAUCCGGGGGAGCUAAGGAUGGCUCAACAGCAGGCCUUGAGGUUUCGAGGCCCUGCUCCCCCACCAAAUGCAGUGAUGCGAGGCCCACCACCUCUCAUGCGACCUCCUCCGCCUUUUGGUAUGAUGCGAGGCCCUCCUCCACCACCUCGGCCCCCCUUUGGACGUCCUCCUUUCGAUCCUAAUAUGCCGCCCAUGCCGCCUCCUGGAGGGAUUCCUCCACCUAUGGGCCCUCCACACCUCCAGAGACCACCUUUCAUGCCUCCACCCAUGGGAACCAUGCCUCCUCCUCCGGGUAUGAUGUUUCCACCAGGAAUGCCUCCUGUGACUGCUCCUGGUACUCCAGCACUGCCUCCUACUGAGGAGAUAUGGGUUGAAAAUAAAACUCCAGAUGGGAAGGUUUAUUAUUACAAUGCUCGGACACGUGAAUCUGCAUGGACCAAGCCAGAUGGAGUUAAGGUUAUUCAGCAAUCAGAACUGACACCUAUGCUUGCAGCCCAGGCACAGGUUCAGGCCCAAGCCCAGGCCCAGGCCCAGGCGCAGGCUCAGGCACAAGCACAAGCUCAAGCGCAGGCCCAGGCCCAGGCGCAGGCCCAGGCCCAGGCCCAAGCUCAGGCGCAAGCACAGGCACAGGCCCAGGCCCAGGCGCAGGCUCAGGCGCAGGCGCAGGCGCAAGUGCAAGUGCAAGCACAAGCAGUAGGAGCUUCCACCCCUACGACCAGUAGCCCAGCACCUGCAGUGUCCACUUCAACAUCAUCAUCCACCCCAUCCUCCACCACUUCUACCACAACAACUGCCUCUUCGGUUUCACAGACAGUAUCAACACCCACAACACAAGAUCAGACCCCAAGUUCUGCCGUUUCAGUUGCUACGCCUACAGUUAGUGUUUCAACUCCUGCUCCUACAGCCACACCCGUGCAAACCGUUCCCCAGCCGCACCCCCAGACGUUACCUCCUGCUGUUCCUCAUUCAGUACCUCAGCCAGCAGCAGCAAUACCUGCCUUUCCGCCAGUAAUGGUACCUCCGUUUCGUGUUCCCCUUCCUGGCAUGCCAAUUCCACUUCCAGGUGUAGCAAUGAUGCAAAUAGUCAGCUGCCCGUAUGUAAAGACAGUCGCUACCACCAAGACCGGUGUAUUGCCAGGCAUGGCCCCUCCUAUCGUACCCAUGAUACAUCCCCAGGUCGCUAUUGCAGCUUCACCUGCUACUUUAGCUGGAGCGACAGCAGUUUCUGAGUGGACUGAAUAUAAAACAGCAGAUGGGAAGACAUAUUAUUAUAAUAAUAGAACAUUAGAAUCAACCUGGGAAAAACCCCAAGAACUGAAGGAAAAAGAAAAAUUAGAGGAGAAGAUUAAAGAGCCAAUUAAAGAACCUUCCGAAGAACCUCUGCCAAUGGAGACGGAGGAGGAGGAUCCUAAAGAAGAGCCGAUAAAGGAGAUAAAGGAGGAGCCCAAAGAAGAAGAGAUGACCGAAGAAGAAAAGGCUGCCCAGAAGGCAAAGCCGGUAGCUACUACCCCUAUUCCUGGUACUCCAUGGUGUGUUGUUUGGACUGGUGAUGAGCGGGUCUUCUUUUAUAAUCCUACCACUCGUCUUUCUAUGUGGGACCGACCUGAUGAUCUGAUUGGAAGGGCGGAUGUUGACAAAAUCAUUCAGGAGCCCCCUCAUAAAAAAGGAAUGGAAGAAGUGAAGAAACUAAGGCACCCGACCCCGACAAUGCUGUCCAUCCAGAAGUGGCAGUUCUCUAUGAGUGCAAUUAAAGAAGAACAAGAAUUAAUGGAAGAAAUUAAUGAAGAUGAACCUGUUAAAGCCAAAAAACGGAAGAGAAUGUCAAAGAAGUCCUUUAUGUGGAUUGCCCGAGCUUCUCUAUUUAGGAGAGACGAUAAUAAAGACAUAGAUUCAGAGAAAGAAGCUGCCAUGGAAGCUGAAAUUAAAGCUGCCCGAGAAAGGGCCAUUGUCCCUCUGGAGGCCCGAAUGAAGCAGUUCAAGGACAUGCUGCUAGAGAGAGGGGUGUCUGCUUUUUCAACAUGGGAGAAGGAGUUGCACAAGAUAGUUUUUGAUCCUCGGUACUUACUUCUCAAUCCUAAAGAGAGAAAACAGGUAUUUGAUCAGUAUGUAAAGACCAGGGCAGAGGAAGAACGCAGGGAAAAGAAAAACAAAAUAAUGCAAGCCAAGGAAGAUUUUAAAAAAAUGAUGGAAGAAGCAAAAUUUAAUCCAAGAGCUACUUUUAGUGAAUUUGCAGCCAAGCAUGCUAAAGAUUCAAGAUUCAAAGCAAUUGAAAAGAUGAAAGAUCGAGAAGCCUUGUUUAAUGAAUUUGUGGCAGCUGCAAGGAAGAAAGAGAAAGAAGAUUCGAAGACCAGAGGUGAGAAGAUUAAAUCGGAUUUCUUUGAACUAUUAUCUAAUCAUCACUUGGACAGUCAGUCUCGAUGGAGCAAAGUAAAAGACAAAGUAGAAAGUGAUCCACGUUACAAAGCUGUGGAUAGUUCAUCAAUGAGAGAAGACCUUUUCAAACAGUACAUUGAAAAAAUAGCCAAGAAUUUAGACUCAGAAAAAGAAAAGGAGCUUGAAAGGCAAGCCCGCAUUGAGGCAAGCCUUCGAGAACGAGAAAGAGAGGUUCAGAAGGCUCGUUCAGAACAAACAAAAGAAAUCGAUCGAGAGAGAGAGCAACACAAACGAGAAGAAGCUAUCCAGAAUUUCAAGGCUCUUCUGUCUGACAUGAGUCAUCAUUGUGAUGAUCAAUUAUUGUACAUGUAGAUGGUAUGAGAUGUAGGACUGAAGGUAUACUGACCCCAGGAGAUAGCCUGGAACUUUCUUGAAAAUCCUUCUGCAUUACCCAGGCUUGUUGGAGAUAGCCUGGAACUUUCUUGAAAAUCCUUCUGCAUUACCCAGGGUUGUUGAGGUAUGUAGGGUUUUCUGUCCCUACAGUGAAUGCCCCCAGACUGCUCUGCUGUUCUACUUGUUUUUUCUUUCCUCUUCUUGUCACCAUCUCUCCUGCUCUUUCUUUUCUGUCUUUCAGUGGGGCUCUUCUCAUCACUCCUGUUGCUUCUUCUGAUUUCUUUCCUUGCUUCUGCUGGUCUCUGUUCCAUUUCCUGCUUCUGUUCUCUGGACAAUUACAGUUUCUCUCCCUGCUUCUACUUUCCCCAAAUUCAUCCUCUUUAUUGCAGUCUCAGAAAUCUUUGUAAAAGGCAAAUCUGAUUUUGUCACUCUGUCUGUUGCUUGCAGAGAGUGAAAUUUCUCCCUACUUCCAGCAGUUAUCUGCAUUUCAGAUUCAGUCUCCUUAGCGCAAUAUUCUGUUCUUUCCCUGACUCCCCGACUUUCCUAUUGCCUUAUGCCCAUUGGUUUCCUCUUGCUCCCUAUGCUCUAACCUAGCUGAACUUACCUCUAAUGAACCGUACUUAAAUUUAACAGAUCCUACCAUUGCUCAUGCCAAUCCCACCUCCUAGAAUGCUUUUAAACUUCGCACUGUGGUGGCAAACUUUGUCAUUCUUCAAGAGCACACUCACAUCUCUCUUCUGUGAGGCUGAUCCUGACCUCUCUAGACAGAUUUGACCUCACUGUUCCUUUUACCACCCUUGGGCUCAGCAUACACCUCUGCUGCACUCACUCCAUGUUAUUGCAGUUAUUUACUUAAAUGUGUGUCUUCCCUAAACAAGACGAGCCCUUUGAAGGAAGGGAGGGCUGGUGUCUUAUUUAUUAUGUAUUCCCAGUGCCAAGCACAAUGUUUACCUGACAUGUAUUUAGAUACUUGAUAAAUGUUGGUUAAAUAAAUGUUUUUAUAUUUUCAUUCAUUCUUUCUGUCUUUUCGGCUUCCCAUAUUUCUUAGCAUUGGCAGCACUGUGACUUAACUAGUAAUGCUCUUACCAGCAAUGAAGCAGUCCUUUCUACUGGUUGGUGAACCAGCCAGAUCUGUCAUGUCUUCUGUUAUCUUCUUAACCAUGUUAAUUCUUGCUUCUGCUUGAAAGUGUCACUUUCAAUAUGCAGUUGAUAAGUCCAAGUUUGAGCUCAAGAUUUGUUGAGUUUUUUUUCUGUGAGCUACUUAGUGCUACAGGAAGACAAUGUAUUUCCUCUUUUAUCCGUAUCCAGUUCUCCUAUUAGAAGUUGAUAAGCUGUUAAAUAGAGUAUCUACAUGUACUGUUAAACUUCUUAGGGACGAUAGUUGAUGGGAGAUACCUUCUUUUCAUCCUUUCCUACCUCUAAACCCGUAGUUGAUAGCUUAGGUUUGCUCUGGGAGGUGAGAUUUCUGGCUUCAAGAAGCAGAUUUUCAGUGACUUCUUACCUAAAAUGGAGUCACCAGAAGCUGCUUUUAUUAAGUGUAUCAUUCCUGAGCUAAAUAAAAAUGAGCCUUUUGUUGUUGAAAUAUGAAAAGAU